AUGUCAUCCCAAAUCAAGCCCAUCAAGAUCUAUGGCAAAACGGGCCCUAAUCCUCUCAAGGUCACCAUAAUAUUCAAGGAGCUAGACAUUCCCCACGAAAUAGUCACCGUCCCAUUCUCAGAUAUCAAGAAAGCCGAAUAUGUCGCCAUCAAUCCGAAUGGCCGAUUGCCAUCUAUUCAUGAUCCUAACACCGGUAUCACCUUGUGGGAGUCUGGCGCAAUUAUUGAAUACCUCAUCGAUAAUUACGACCCCCACCAUAAACUAAGCUUCUCUCCCGGUUCAGCAGAGUGGCAUCAUUCCAAGCAGUGGCUUCAUUACCAAAUGAGUGGACAGGGCCCAUAUUUUGGACAGGUUAUUUGGUUUAUGAGGCUUCAUGGAGAGAAAAUACCAAGCGCCAUUGAACGCUACGUAAAAGAGGUUAAUCGAGUAACCGCCGUCUUGGAGGGGCAACUUGCCAGGCAACAAUUAGCUUCUGGCAGUGAUGAGGCAUGGCUCGUUGGCAAUAAGAUCUCUUUUGCGGAUCUUGCCUUUCUCCCAUGGCAUACUAUAAUGGGCAUGCUUCCACCGGACGAAUAUAAUGUCAACAAUUACCCGCAUGUAAAGCAGUGGCUAGAAAACAUGAGUUCUCGAAAGUCGGUGAAAGAUGCCAUGGAAAGCGUUUCGCUAACAGCAUAG